UAUAUCUGGGCCUGAUGGUGUUUUGUUGUAUAAAUUGCUAGCCAGUCCAGAUAUGAUCUCAUUCGACAUACCAAUGCAGGAUUGAACAGGCUUCAAAGUCCGGAUAUUGCUUGCCAGUUCAUCCUUUGUGAAAUGAAAUAUUUCCUCAACAUGAACGAAUGGAGAAUUAUCAUUGGUCAUUGCUUGAUCUUGUUAAGCCACUUUAGUCCAAUAAGAACCGAAGACUUGAGUGUGAUAUCGUUCCAAAAGGAUGGAAUAUUUUCAGCCAGCACUGUCAUGAUCUAUAAGGAGGAUCUCUCAGAAGAUCUGUUUGACUUGAGCGUUUGUCUCCGUGUUCUGUUUUAUCGCCUAAGGGGAAGCACCAACACUUUGGUUUCCUAUGCCACAGAAGCUAAUAACAAUGAGCUCACUUUGUUGUUGGUCGAGAUCAACGGGGAAUUCAAUUUGGAGUUUUGUCGAGGCAAAUAUAAUACCAAUGAGUGCAUCAGAUCCAAGAUGGACCUUUUCGAGUUCCAUCGUUGGUUCCAUAUCUGUGUGACUAUUGUCUCUCGUCCUCAAGGUGAUGAUACCAUGUCCUCCAUCAUGAUACUUUACGUGGAAGGAGCAUGGGUGAAUUCAGCCGAAAAGCAGAUCGCUUUGAGUCGAUUUGUUCCCUUGAGAAAAGGGGGAACCAUCGCCUUGGGACAGGAUCAGGAUUGGCCUGGAGAUGGCUUUGAUGAGAAACAAUCCUUUUCUGGAUCCUUGACAGAGUUCAACUUGUGGAAUUAUGCAUUAAGUCCAAUUAACAUAAGUACCAUGGCUUCUUGCAACAGCCCUGAGCAAGGUAAUGUGGUCCAAUGGUUCUCUCUGCCCCAAUGGAACCUAUCGAAUGUGGAUCUUACCCUCCAAGACUCAACAAAAUUGUGCGCUAUGAAUCCACUACAAAAUAUGUUUGUGAUUGAGGACAAGGUAUCCAAUAUCGAGCUAAAACGCAGUUGUGACGUGUUGAAUGGAAAAAUCGACGUUCCUAUGACCCAAAACGAUCUUGAAACGUCAUUGGUGUUCCAAUCCAAUCUCCUCGAGGCUCUCAGAGCUGAAAUGGGUGGCAAACGUUCGAAUUGUAUCAUUAAGAACACCCUCAACUUGUUCCAUUUGGGACAGACAAUGAACUCAAAGCGCGAAUGGAUCAAUCCUUACACUCAAGAACUGGUUUUGAACCAAAGCUUCCUAAAGAAUUAUGAGCCUUUGGAUGACAGAUCAAUGUGCAUCUAUAGCCGAGGAACCUAUUUGGAAACAACCUUAUGUUCUAAUCGAGCUGCUUGUGGAUAUUGCAAACUUCAAACCAAUACCAUCCUCAGACUGAAGGGUCUCUGUUUUACGGCCAUUUUUCGCGAGGAUGAUUUUGAUACCAGAUUUUUUGUCUAUGGGUCUAAAAACGGCAAGCCUUAUUUCGUAGGUUUUAUGAGUAGCAUCAUUUUCUUUGACGAUGGUUACAAAAUGUGGCGAUUGCAGUCACUUCGAGAUGUGGGGCGGUAUCUUCUACUGAAAUCUACAAAUCCGGCUUUACUUCCAUUUGGACGCCACCUAUGGGUUCCUAAUGGAAACAGCACCAUUUGCAACCUUGAACCCAAUGAAACUCUGUUUUUAACAUUAUCCGUUUGCUCUCCCGAUGAAUUCACUUGCAAUUCCGGAGCUUGCAUUCCGUUGAGGGAGCGUUGCGACACUGACAUUGAUUGUGAGGACAAAUCUGAUGAAUAUGGAUGCUCUUAUUUGAAACUUGGAGACGACUACUCUCAAACUUCGACCCCAAGGCCAAUCGAUGGAGGGCCUUUGCCCAUUUUCAUCAAUGUAUCUGUGCUGGCUUUCCCCGCUAUCGAUACCGUGAACUUGAAAUUUACAUCGGAUUUCAUUCUAAAUCUUCGGUGGAAGGACAGUAGGAUUACGUUUCAAGAUCUGAACGCAGCCAGUCUAUUGAACUUACUGGGCAAAGACGAUAUUUUACGAGUAUGGACUCCGCAAUUGGUCUUUUCAAACGCUCUGGGCCCCUACACAACCAUCGUAGACACCAAAACCUCAAUGCUCAUAGUCAUGGAGGACGAGCCUCUCUUGGAGGAUAUGACGCAAGCAGUGGAAUCCAUGCUUUUUUCUGGUGGAACCAACUCCAUCUAUAUGACGAGAGAAUAUUACGAAGAUUAUGCUUGUCAAUUUGACUUGCAGUAUUACCCUUUUGAUACGCAGGUCUGCAAUUUGGAAUUUGUUAUUCAAGGAUUACCAGAACAAUAUGUGAAGUUAGAAUUGGAUCAUAAAGGAGUGGAAUUUGUGGGAACCCGAAGCCUCGUCGAAUACGACAUUCAAAUGGAAGAUAUCGAAUUGAAAACGAUAGAAAAUAAAAGCGCAGUGGCGGUCAGAGUUAUAUUUCGACGAAGAAUGGAGUUUCACGUGACAAACACGUUUCUCCAGACCUUCAUCUUGAUUGGAAUCGGGUACAUGUCACUUCAUUUUGAUGUGGACAAUUUCUCGGACAGAAUAAUGGUCACCUUAACAACCAUGCUCGUUAUAGCCACAAUCACUGCAUCAAUUCAGGAGAGCCUCCCAAAGACAUCUUAUUACAAGUUGAUUGAUUGGUGGUUGCUGUUCUCAAUGAAUGCAUUGGUUUUUACCAUGGCUUUUCACACUGGCAUUGCUCAUCUAUGCUAUUUGGCUAAACAAGAAGCGUCUCCGGAAUUGAUCCAAAGUGGUUAUCGCACAAAAUCGGCCUUUCCACUCCCGACAAAGACAAACGCCAAGGUCAACCCUUUCUUCAAGAAUGGAAACUUUCGACAUAGCCUCUAUUACAAACGGGCUUUGAAAGUGAAUCUGUGGGGGAAAAUUGGCUUCGUUUUACUGGUGUUAAUUUUCAAUACCAGUUUUUGGAUUGCUGCUCUUCAAGAAUACGGUCGCGCACCCGCCGAUUAUUUGUAAAUGUAAAGGAUUCGUUGAUCACUUUUUGAUUUGCGAAAAAUUAGCACAACCAAUUACCAACGAAUAUAGAAUUAGAAAAAAUCACGCCAACACCGGGUGAAUAUUUAGCGCACGUUCUUGCCGUGGUGGAUUGAUUAAUUUACUGUGAUUUUAACACCGUUAUAGCUCUAAAA